GAAGAAUUAAUGCCGAGUUUCUCAUGGUUGUCUUGACAGAUGCUCGGAAAUAGCUAUCAUAAUUCCGAAUGGCUUCAGCGUCCGGCCAAAAUUCGCCGUACGCGCCACCAGUCACGACCCGCCGUACUCGAUUUACACCAACGCUAGCUAUCAGCUUCUAGGGAUGUAUUUAAGACGAUUGACGUUGAUUUAUAUUGCAACAACUGUUAGAUUAUCACUUUCUUCCUCGAGAAGACGUUUAAAGAUUCUUGCAUCAAUCCAUUGAAGACUGGCAGCCCACCUACGAAAUGGUCACGAUCAAAGCUAUCCGAGAUGCCAACAAAUCCAUCUCAUCAAACUUCACAGUCAUUUUCGUAGGCGCUACAUCAGGCAUUGGUCUAGGAGCAGUUGAAACACUGCUCAAAAGCACCACCGCAUCGAAGAUCUAUAUCAUCGGUCGCUCGCAGUCAAGUUUCGCUCCAACUCUGGCAAAGCUUAAAAAUCUCAAUGCGUCCGCCGAGAUCAUCUUCAUCGAAGCGCAAGUGUCACUACUCAAAGACGUCGAACGCGUCUGCACAAUCAUCAACACUCAAGAAUCGACAAUUGACCUGCUAUGGCUGUCACAGGGCGGUCUCCCUGGAGGCCACAUCUUGACACCAGAAGGGCUUUUUGAGUUCCUUGCCAUUGGAUACUACUCGCGCCUCUUGUUUAUGUCCAGACUCGUACCUUUGCUCAACAAAGCAUCAAACCCAAGAGUCGUCUCCGUACUUACGGCUUCACAAGAGGGCGCCAUCAACACCGCCGACAUGGGAGUUCUGGACCCAAAGAACUACAACCUAUUUCCAACUAUGAGACAAGGCGUGAUGAUGAUGAGCUUGAGCAUGAAAGAAUUGUCGAUGCAAAACCCCAAGAUCAGUUUUGUACACACCAAUCCUGGAAUGGUUAGCACGAAUGUACAUCAUAAUUGGGCGAACAGCAUGACGGGCUAUUUCACGGUGUUCAGAUGGUUGCUGGAAUGGGUGUUGAUUCCGUUGAUGCAUAUCGUUGGUUCGACUUCCGAAGAAGCUGGCGAGAUCGGGUUGUAUGAAUUGACGACCGAGAGAUACGGUGUUGGCACUGGGAAUAACUUCUUCAGACUCGAUGAGAAGGCUGAGGAUGCGGGCGCGAAUUCUUUGUUGGAGAAAUAUGAGGAAGAUGGCACGCAGAAGAAAGUUUGGGAGCACACGUUGGAAGUAUUUGACAAGGUGCUGGCUCAGUAAGUGAGCUGCGUAGUGGAUUAUGUACAUGCUAUUUGAUUUACUAUGCUUUUAAUGCAAUUCGGACUCUUGCACUUCCAUGUUCAACAUUAGCUACACGUUCUCAUUGUUUUUCUAUACAUGAAAGUUCAUCACGUUGUCUAUAGGUUGAAUUAGUUGUUCAAUGUCCCAC